AUGGUGCACGUCUCUUUUUACCGCAACUAUGGCAAGACCUUUAAGAAACCCCGCCGCCCAUAUGAGAAGGAGCGGCUGGAUGCCGAGCUGAAGCUUGUGGGCGAAUAUGGUCUCAGGUGUAAGAGGGAGCUGUGGAGGGUUCAGUAUGCCUUGAGCCGCAUUCGUAACAAUGCCAGGAACCUUUUGACCCUCGAUGAGAAGGACCCACGACGUAUUUUUGAGGGUGAAGCCCUUUUGAGGAGGAUGAACAGGUAUGGGCUGCUUGAUGAGAGCCAGAACAAGCUCGAUUAUGUCUUGGCACUCACUGUUGAGAACUUCCUAGAGCGCCGUCUGCAAACUCUUGUGUUUAAGGCGGGCAUGGCUAAAUCCAUCCACCACGCCAGGGUGCUUAUCAGGCAGAGACAUAUCAGGGUUGGAAGGCAAGUCGUGAAUGUGCCCUCUUUCAUGGUGAGGGUUGACUCCCAAAAGCACAUUGAUUUCUCUCUGACUAGCCCGUUUGGUGGUGGUCGUGCUGGUAGGGUCAAGAGAAAGAAUCUGAAGGCGGCGGCCAAGAAGGCUUCUGGUGGUGAUGGUGAUGAGGAUGAAGAGGAAUAA